AACGGAAGCAGGCGCUACCAUUUUGAAAUACAGCACGGUAUAGGUAAGAUGGUAGAUUCUUUUAUUUAUUCGCUUUUUCUUCAGUAUUAUUCUCAUCUGAGCCGCAUGGGUGGUCAUUAAUUUCGAUUCGUCUUGAAGCUCAAGUGUUUUGGACGGCGCCAUGGACAAGAGCCACACAGUGAAGCUCUUCGUGGGCAACCUGGCGUUGGACACCACCCAGGAGGAGCUGUCGGCCAUCUUUGAACCCUACGGCCAGGUUGUUAGCUGCAGUGUGUUGCGACAGUUUGCCUUCGUCCACCUGCAGGGUGAGGGUGCGGCAGAGCGAGCCAUCCGGGAGCUCAAUGGACGCGAGUUUCGUGGACGGAAUUUGGUAGUGGAGGAAUCGAGGGGUAGGCCGUUGCACUCCACCAAGGUGUUUGUGGGUAAUCUGAGUGGGAUGUGCACCACAGAGGACCUACAGCAGCUGUUCCAGACAUUUGGAAAAGUUCUUGAGUGUGAUAAAGUCAAAGCCAGGCAUUCCUCUUCCGCAGGCUAUGCCUUUGUCCACAUGGAAAACAAGGAAGACGCGCUCCAGGCCAUCGAGGCCCUGCAUGGCACCUCGUUUAAGGGCCGCCCCCUGUCUGUAGAGCUAUCCAAAGUCCAGCCUAGCAAGCAAGCACCUACAGGAAAAAUCCCCUGUGUUAACUGUGGAAAGCAGGGCCACUAUGCGGGAGAAUGCCCUGUGGGAAAGCCUUCUUUGGAGCAGUACCAGAGUCAGGCAGCGGUCCUGGCCGCAGCUGCUGCUGCAGCCGCCGGCCUGCCACUACAGGUCCAACAAAGCGUGCACAAUUCAGUCUACAACACCUCCACGUUUGAUCCCACGUAUGCGGCUCUCACUGGGAUCACCACAGGCACUCGCACUGAUGGAAACCCAGUGAAUCCAGCUGUUUAUGGUGCCCUUGCCAGCCAGGUGUAUGGGGCUAAUGUUGCCAGUCAGCUUUAUGGAACGGUGGCCAAUCAGGCAGCUCUGACAUCAGGCGCCACCCAAAUGUACAGCACGAUGACUCCCAACAUCUAUGGCCAGAUGGCUGCAAAUGCCGCUGCUGCCUACUCGCCUCAAGUUUAUACCCCAACUAUGGCCAACUCCCACGUUUAUCUGACUGCAGCUCAUGGAAUAGAAAUGCAGACAGCAGCUGCAGUCAACCCUGCCUACACUGUAUCGCCAGCAAUUUAUGGUGCUGGCGCACCAGCCUACGCUCAUAUAAGCGCCAUGGGAGCAACGGACCCUACUACAGCCAUCUUUGAGGCAGCCAGACAGGCACAUUACUUUGCCCAGGGCCAACAAGUUAUGGCUGACCAGCAGUCAGUGGCUGCCGCAGCAGCAGCGGCUGUGGCAAAAUCUGGUGAGAGGGACCGCAGUCCCCUACGGAGGUCAGUACCUCUGCUUCCAGACCCAGUGAUGAAGCCGUUCAUGUACCAGAGAGCCAAGCCGCGCCGACCCCUACUCCCUACGCCAGCUGGCCGAGCGGCAGAAGAGGCUGCAGAGGCGGCAGAGGACCCCAUGGCCAGGUACUAUGCGGAGUACUACCAGCAGCUACAGCAGUACCCCCAGUUCCAGUAUGCCUACCCGCCACCGAGCGCAAUGACCGCUAUCGCUGGCAUGCCGGGAGUGUCAGGAGUCCCUGCGAUGUCGGCCCAGUCCGUAGCUGCGCUGGAAGCCCUCAGGCCAGUGGUUCCCACCGCUGCGGCGAUGGCUGCUGCCAUGGCUGCGCCAAGGGUGUAUGAGCCGCCGUUGCCGCCGCCCACGCGCAAGGAGGCCAUCCUCCGCCGCCCCGAACUCUCCCUUCACACGCCUGAGCCCCCCUUCCGAUAGUCGCACACAGCUCCCUGCUCCCAUCCCUCCCUCUUUGCCCUGAACCCCAUCCCCCAUCUCCUCUUCCACCCCAAACCUGACCUUCUUACAGCAGCUGUGUGUGUGUGUGCGCGUGUGUGUGUGUGUGCGUGUGUGUGUGUGUGUGGUGGAUUUGGGGGAACUGUAAAGGAUGGGGAUUGAAAGGGGGGGGGGGGGGGGCUUCUUAGUUUAUUAACCUGCUUUACAAGGGACUUGGUCAGCUAACCUUGGUCCUGUUUGCAUUCAAACAGUGCAGCCGUGUUAGGGAGGCUCUCAUCUGUUUUAAGGGCAUUUUUUAUGCUUCUCAGUUUUACGUUUUUAUUGUGCCAGUCUCACACUUGUGCCAGUAUUAGACUGACCCAGUCAGUCGUUUCAUAUGCCUUUAUUUCCGCAACCCAGUUAUGGUUUUCUAUGGCCAAAUCUACGAUGAAAGACAUUGAUUUUUAUCAGCCAUCCUCCUUAGGCCUAGAUGAUCAGUUAGGGCAGCUAAUUUGAAACCUUUUUUUGCCUUAUGUUGGUGAAAAUGUGAUCAGAUGGGAAGUCCUAUAAACACAUAUUGUGCACAGGCUGCAUUGCAUUGUUUCCAAUAGAACCAAGGUUGAUGUGUGUUUGGGGGGAGGGGUGUUGAAUGUGUGAUGUGGAUGUAGUAAGUGUAAAAGGGAGAGAUAUGUGCGAGCUCCUAACCUUGCAGCGCACAAAUCCAGCAGCUUAGACUGCACCUAGCAGAAAAACAAAACAUAAAGCACACAUAAUACAUACUGUAUGUUUGGAUCGCUCCUUGACCCCUUUUCCCCACCUGUACUCUAACUACAACACUCGAAGACACUGCUUCACCUCUCUUUCCAACUACAGUUGACUACCUCUGAUAAUAAAUUUCAACGUAGAGUCUAUUCUAUUAUAUAUCACACUUUUCACCCAGUCAGCAGUGUAUUCCUGCUCCCCGCAAAGACACAGGGUCAGCAGUUUAGUGAGGGAGGAGCUGGGUUUUAGUGACAAUGACUUUUUGUAGAUAUUCUGUAAUAAGUCCUCCAGAGGCCUUUAAAAAAAAUUGUGUAUUUGUUUGGUUUGUUUUAGUGUAUCUUACAUGUAAUACAAGUCAACCUGGGGUGUAAUGUAUUGUAAAUGGAAAACCCCCCAUGUGUGACUACUGAAUGAGCUGUUUACAAAUGACACUGCAUCCUAUUGGGAAUCCUGAUAUAUGACUAGCUCAAUUAUGUGCCUAUAAGCUUUGAGUGAAGUGCAUUAAGUGGAGGGAUCUCCCAUUUUAAGUGCUUUAAAAAAAAAAAAAAAGUCAUUUCAAAGGGGGUGGGUAACAAGAGUUUAGCACCCAGACGGCUACGAGCAGUAAAGCUUUCUUGUGGACUUGCACUCCUGUACAAGAUUUGUUUCAUAUCCUAGGGUUUUUAAAAAGCCACAAAGUGAGCCUCACAGGUUCCUAAUUAGCUGUUGGUUUUAACCAGUAUCAACAGUAAUAGCACCAAUGAAGUGAGAGAUGGGGAAGUGUCUUCUAGGUGCCCCAACUAUCACUUUCUCCAAAUACCAUACCUACUUCAGAUUGUAAUUGCAAAAACAUUUUAGUGUCUGUUUUAAUCCGUUUAUUUGAACUGGUGGGUGGGGUUUGCUGCAUCAGGAUAACAAAAGCUUGACUUGUAAGGACCGGUACCUUUUGGCAUUCACAAGCUUGUUCUGAGUGGCAAACCCCACCCAUUUGGUUCUGCAAUCAUUUAAAACUAUUUUUUUAGCAACUACUAUUUGACAGCGGUCUGAUGCACACACAGACACACCCUCUGAAAUCACCUUACUGCCUCGCUGUCCCCCUCCCCUCUCUCCCCCUGUGGUUUUUAGUGGUUAAGUGACUUUUGCAUCUCAGUGUAAUCUUUCUGUGUUGUAUAUACAAACACAUGCCAGUUGCAUCCUUUGUAGAAUUAUGUGGUUUGCGAUGUGUCUUGUUUGCCAUGUUUGAGACCGUAUUUUUUAGAGAAGUAUUCUAAUUUUGCCUUUUUUUUAAGAAACGACCCACAAAAAAACCUAAAUCGGCAUGCUUUUUAUUGAAAAUAUGUAUACUAUAAUCAUUAUUAUAAUAAAGAAUGUUCUGGCUGACUACUGUGGUAAAAGAAAAGCAAAGGGUUUGGACAUUUCCCCUUCUUGUUUAUGUUGUUUUUCUCCACUAUCUGUUUCUCUUGUGUAAAAUGACCACCAGACCCAUUUGAAUGGGGACCCAGGGGGACUCAGGUGUAGAUGCUGGCCCAGCUUUGCUCUCUUUGGUCGGGGUAAGUGCGGGUUGGUGCUCUUUUCUCUCCCCAUCUUCUCAAACUGGGUGCAAACCAAAAUUUAUGAGAAAGUGUUUGCACCUGACCAAAUGCACUUAAGUAUUUAAUUUAAGCAAGAAAGGCUUGUAUGGUCCUUUUUUUAUGUUUUUCAUCCAGAAAGGACAUUAUACAAACUAGCAUCAUGUUGAGAGCUGGGGAGAGGCACACAGAUAGAAUGGCCUGGGUGCAUUUUGAUCUGUGGAGCAGUUCUGUCUCUCGGGGUUGAUGGGUGUGCGUCUGGUCUGGUCUAUCCCCGCUGCACCAAAUUCUCCCCCUCCGUGUGUCUCUGUGUCCACUCUACUCUUAGACCUGCAUGUGUGAUAAUCUGUAACUCUGCCGCAAAGAAAGCCCCACGACAGUCCAGCUCUGAACUAACUAUCUCAACUGAAUUAGGUCCCCGGGCCACCUGGAACGGCCAGCGUGCAGCCGUGCGUGAGCGUGGCGGCAUGAGCCAUGGGGACGACUUUUAGCGCGACGCCACCACAGUGGGAACUUGUUCUCUCUCUCCUCACCACCAAGGUAAAUGAAAAACGAAACAAAAACAAAAGCACUGACCUCUCCUCUCCCCACCUGCCGCCCCUCCUUUGACUGUGCCUUGACCAAACAUUCCUCCCCCUCCUCUUUCCUCCGCCAUCACCACUUACCCCUCUCCCAACUCCGUAACUCCUCUGCUGCAAUGACAGUGCCAUCGGUGGGGGUGGCGGGUGGGGUGGGACUAGGACCCCUUUCACAAGAGUCCUGUCUCGCAUGUGUGUGUGUUUAAGUGUGUGUGAGAAUAAGUGUGUGUGUGAGUAAGUGUAACUGAAAGAAGUUUUGUAUUUCUGAAGAAUUCCUGGGUGGUGUUUUAUUGAUUGGUGAGGCUUGGCACAUGCGGACAUACCCCUACUCCUGCCCUGCCCGCUGGCCAACUCCUCUCCACCGCCGUAUUCGCCGCCCUCACCCCUCUCACCUCCCCUCCCCCUCCUUCCACCUCCUUCUUCCCUUCUCCUCUCAACCCCACCCUACUGUUCCUAUGCGCCUCUCCUCUCCGCCGUUCACACACACACAGCGCUUUUUCCGCCGCCACCGCCGUCGCCACCGUGGAUCUGGGUUCGUGGCUCUGGCACGGACUCAACUACCCAGAACCACCCACCUGACCCAACCUCCCCAUCCUCCUUUGCUACCAUAGAGGCCUGGGCGUGCCAAUGGACUGUAUGUGUGGUGGCCCACUGCCGGACUCAGUAACAUGACACAGAGAGACUUCACUGUUGGACAAGUUGCUUUGCUAAAACUGUUGAAAGCUGGGUUUGCUCCACAUGGCUGUGGAAGGGAUCUUAACUCCUGUUUCCCAAAAGAACUUAGUUGCAUUUCAUCUUUAGUGAUUAAAUCCACGUCAAACAGUUUUCUGACCUUUGGGUCCCUCACAGCCUGUGUGCCAAUCAGAAACGUCCUAUAAGAUAGGCCUUAGGUAUGAGGCCAGUCUGACCUGUAGAUUCUCAGUCUCAGGGUUCCUAUAGGACUUUUUUGGUACGGCGGCUCUGUUCCUCUAAUGCUGGGAUCAGCUGGAGUGGCUGGAAAUGUGCUCUGAGUGACGUGUAUGUGUUCGUACGUGUUAAGAUUGUCCAUGUGCUGAGAUAGAGCAAGAUAACCGUCACAUAUGACAGGCUCUAAGUAUGUCAAAUGAGUUGUCUGACAUAUGCUCUGACAGCAGCGAGACGGAUUCAAGAGGGCAUUGCCUACUGUCUGCCCAACAAACAAAGGAGAGGGAUGAAUAAAUGAGUUGAUAAUAAGGUGAGUUGGUAGUGAAAGGAUCCUCUGUUUAAAAAAAUAAAAUAAAAAAGCUGGUCCCUAACC